AUCUCAGACAAAUGUCAAGAAACUGUGUCGGAUCCGUAAACAAAAGUGCAAGAUUGAGGCCGAAAAAUUUCCUCGUCUUUUGCUGUGAAAUGUUUUCCUUUAUUAAAACCGCCGCAAGAUGCCUGCCUGUGGCCCACCGUAGCCUCUCUACAACAGCAAGCAGAUGUAAAGUAUCAUUCGAGCCGCCAUAUUUAGAUGCUGGUGGUCCCGAUGUCCCAGAGUUCCCCUUGUUGAAUGUACAGAUGGAGGGCUAUGACUUCACUGUUCUCGAGCAUUAUGGGAAGUGGGUUCACAGAACGGCGCUCAACAUGGGUAUCGAAGUAGAAGAUAGCUGGGCAACCCCAUGCAAGAAAAUUCACAUCCAGACUUUCAAACCGAGGAGUGCCAAGGUAGAAUCAGAGUACGAUUUGCACGUUUACCAGAGGACCGUUCAGCUUGCCGAUGUACCUUCUUAUAUUGCACCGGUGUUAAUGGAAGUCGUUCAAGCUGGUCUUCCAGAGGGUGUGAAUUUGACUGUCCAAGAGCAUAUGCCAGAACAUACAGAGGUCCGUUACAUUCCCGAUCUGGAACUCAAAGAACUUAAGAAGCAGUUAGAUUUGCUUGGGGGUCCAUCUAAGACCAAGAAGUAAACAUUAGACCAAUUUCUAUAAAUGUUUGUAUAGUUGUGAAAUGGUAAAUAAUUUGUUUGUACAUACAUUUCUUGUUUAAGUAAAUAUUUGACUUUU